CUCAUUUGCAAAGUGAAACGAAAUGAUGACUGUUUCUUGGAUUUCUCCAGAAAGAAAAUCUGAAAUCUAGUGAACUAUGAAGACCUGAAUGGUGGACACUUGUGCUUGGAAGUCUGAAAAAGAUCUGGUUCCCCAAGACCAGAUCGAAUUGCUGCUGUCUUUGCUUCUAGAGGCGGAGAAGAGAAGAUGGUUGGCGAGCAUCUCUCCAGUAAACUCAGCGGAGCACGACCAGAAUCUGGGUUCAGAUGGGGACGGAAGACAGCAACUUUUCUCUGGUGAUUCUGGCUCCGAUUUAUUGAGGUAAUGGCAUAUCUUAUUUUCCCUUGUUAAGUCUUUUUGCGCCCUGAUCCUUCAAGCCUCAUUUGGUUGCAUACUACUCUACUUGUGUUGCUGCUUGCAUGCUUUUAAAUUGUGUUAUAUCUCUGCGUGAUCUUGUUUCGAUUUAGAUUUCAGCAGUUUUAUUUUGGUUUAUAGGCUGACGGGUGUUUUUUGGAAAGCCAGUAAUAAAUACAAGUUUCUUUAGCUGUUAUUGGUCGGUUUAGUCGGCUACAUUUUCUAGAAAGUCGCACCUUCUGGCAACCAUUCCGGAAGUAGUAAACUCAUCAUUGGUUAAUAACUUUUUCAACAGGUUAAAUAGCUCUGCGCGUAUGAUCUAGCUGUACAUAUAUGCAAGUGGUUCCUACUCACUGCCAAAACUAAAGGUGGCUAAUACCUAUUCAAUGGAGGUUGUCUCCUUAAAGAGAGUCAAAGUAUUACUAUUCAACAGCAGGGACCAACUCAGAUUAGGAGUCCAUUUUUAAGUUGCUUCCUUUAUGAUAGACAGUUCACCAUGAAGAGUGUUUUCACUCACGUGGCCAGCAUCUAUGCAAAUUUGUUGGCGCAAAAGAAUACGUUUGCAUAAGAAAAGAAUUUUAUCUCCCACAGGACUUGUUUGGGAUACUAACAUGGCCACCAUUUCAUUGUUUUGGCACACCAACAUGGCCGCCGUGAUGUCAUGUGAAAACACUCUAUAGUGACACCCUGGAAAGCGGACACCAAGGAUACUGUACAUGCCAUAGUGUCCAUUUUAAGGAGGAUCUCAGAAAAAAAUAGUCACAAAUGCAUCUUUCAUAAUUAUUAUUGAUAUACCCGGUAACCCCAUUGAGACCCUCUGACAAGGGCUCUCAUUUGGCUCAUAAAACGACCAAACUCUUGUGACUCAGGACACAGAAAAGUGUCUGGUGUCUGUAUUAUAUUAAGUGAGAUGAUUUUAGAGCAAAAGUUAUGACCUUCUUUAUCAUUGGGAAAGAUGAAACUUUUAAUAAGGUGUCCAAUUAUUUAGUGAUUAUCUGUAGAGCUCUAGGGUUCCACUGUGUCUUGCAUCAAGGUUGUUAAUGGAGAUUGCCACUAUGUAAGGACAAUAAAGCAACUUACCAUUAUGCAGUAAUUUAGCAGUUAUUCUUGUAUGUUUGUUUCAGACAUGGAUGUUGUAUUGACGAAAUUCAAAGCAGAUUCCUUGAUUUUGAGUAAGUACACAUACUGUAGAUUUAAUUUUAUCCUGAGCUUACUUGUUCCUUUUUUUGGGAAUGUUAGUGUAUGAUAAUCAGGGCAUAGCGUGAGAUUGUGUCAGUGAACUCACAGGAAGAAAAAGGACUUCAUGUUCCCUUGGAAAAUUUCUCACCUUAGGGUCUUGGAAAUGCCAUUUCCAAGACGUUGGCAAGACAUUUUCAGUUAAUAAAUGUGGAAGAAAAAAAAUGAAAUACCUGGUUUUAUAUUUUACCCUUCUCUAGUGUUAUAAUUACAGAGGGAAAAGGGUAAAAAAAUGACUCCAUCAAGGAUAUUACAUUAUUGAUACAUGUACAUUCUCUAACAGUUUCUUUAAAUGAUCGGACCUCUUGGGCUUCACUGACAUACAGUUAUUAGCUGCAUUUUGCAUACGUAUAUUCCCAAUCUCAGUUACUCAGUUAAGUGCAAAUAUUGUUCUGAAGCCACAUGGCAAUGAUAUGGUAACCUUACACCGUGAGGAGGCAGGCAUUUCUUGCUGUCCAUUUAUGAAAUAAUCAAAGGAUAAAGAAAAUAUACUAACACAAAGUCGACCUAAUGAUAAGAAUGCUCUCAAGGAAUUAAUUAUUUAACAUUUUGAUCACUGUAGCUACAUGUAUGACACUUUUUAUUGUGCAAUAAUCGUGACUGCUGCCAUUCCUUGGAGGAUACCCUUUGAGUGGAUGCAAUGGAACUUCAUUAGUACUCUUUCUUACUAAUGGAGUGCUUGUAUGUGAAAGACAUGGUAAUCAGCAUCAUGUCACUUGUGAAGCAUUAAAAGAAAAUCUUCCGUGGGCAUGAUAAUAAUUAUUAUAUGAACCUCUCAAACAAUGCCCAAGCACUCUCACUGGUGGAACUAAGGAAGAAGCCUGGAAUCCCGGACCUCACUUUUUUAUGCCGGGCCAGACUAAUGAGGAUCGCGGGACAAAGAAAAAUGUUAUUUACGAGGAAAAAUCUUCAGUGAGCAUGACUAUAAUAAUAUUGUUUCAACCUCUCAAGCAUUGUCCAUAGGCAAUUACAUAGUGGUUGAUGUAGUAAAGGGGCCUGGACACGCGGGGACCCUGGGGCCCCACUUUAUUUAUGGGCCAAACCAGGGAUCGCUGGGGAAAGAAAUAGUAUUUUUAAGGAAAAAUCUUCAGUCAGCAUGACAAUGAUAUUAUUAUUUGAACCUCUCAAACCGUGCCCAGGCAGUGACAUGGUGGUGGAUCUAGGGAAAGGGCCUGAAUGCCUGGGGCUCUGAGCCUCACUUUAUUUAAGGGCCAAAUUGAGGAUCCCAGGGCGAAGAAAUACUAUUUUCAAGGCCAGACCUCCAUUUGACUUGGGAUUUGAAUGAUCAGGCCCCUCUGAAAUGUAUUAAAUUUGUCUUAUUUUAGACCAAGUCACUACUGCCUCAAGGCCACAACAAACAAACCAACUACUGACAGGCCAUCCUCACAGAUGAAAGUGGUGAGAGUUAUAUUUAUUCUUUUAUUACCAGUAUAUUAUUAAGUAGUGGUGUGCCAAUCAUUGCAUCAGUUUUUGCAGGGAGGUGAUUAAUUUUUAUGUUGUGGAAGUGUAAGUGUCAAUUAGAACAAGCUGGUAUUCAAGUUUUUGCAAGCCCUGCAUAACUUUUUUUGUUGUGGUUCAAUUUUAUCUUUGGUAUAAAUUGUAUUUCCUUUUGUAGUUUCAGGCAUGGUAAUGUAUGGUAAUGAGUUUUUAAUAUGUGUUUGAAACGAAAGAAACAAAAUUUAAACCAAGGAUAAAAUCAAACUGCAACAGAUACGCUGCAGUACAGAUGUAAUUAUAAUGUUGCAAAAUUUGUCUUGCAGCUAUUAUCUUUAAAUUUGUUGGCAUUCUUUUUUGUCUUGUAGGUUUCUAGUGAAGAACGUUUUGACCCAAGAGGAUUAUCAGAUUCAAUAAUUAGUUCCCCUGGUAUGAAUUAUGAAUGACUAAUGCUUUUCAAAAUUAACACAUACAGGGUGUAUACAUAUGCAUGCAUUCAAAUGACCUUAAUUUUUGGAUUCACCAUCUUCACAUAGACCAUAAUGCACCUUGUUUACCCCCCCCCCCCCCUCAAAAAAAAAAAAUAUUGGCAUAACCAUUGUUGCCAAUUUCUCCUGGGUAUCACAGUUGUCUCAAGAAGUCAAAAACAAUACUAAUGUGAAUUUUUUUUUUUUUUUUUUGGGGGGGGGGGGUUAAAACAAGGUACAUUAUGGUCUCUGUGAGAAUGGUGAAUUGCAUUUUAAGCUAAUUCUUGUAUGUAUCCUAAUACUUUCGAUACACCUUUGUUUGUGACCUUCUCCAUGACUUCGUACUUUAACCAUUUCCUGUCAAAUGGAUAAUCUGUUAAUUUACAAAACUGUUUUAAUGGCUGUCUAAUGGUUUGCUACCCUGCGAGCAGCUGAGUCCCCUUUGAUCUCCUUCGUUUUUAAAUCCUUUUGUGAAUAACUUCAUUCUUUGUUUCUCAAAGUGUCAAUCUGUAAAUGCUUUCAGCCAUUAAACAGAAGAGUGUUAGGAUGCGAAAAACUGAAGAAGCUAACAUACAAUUCAUAUUUCAGAACCUUUACUAAAAAAGAAUAGAAAACUUAACGUGAAGUUUUUACUUUUUGUAACUUUCAUCCUGGUUCUUCAGGUAACAAUGCUAUUUGUAUCAUUGGCAAAAAAAGAUUAUUUAGGGUCUAUGAAGGUAACGAAAUUGGUGCAUUCAUUUGUAACUGUCUCAAAAAACCAUUGCUGUGCAUCAUGUCUACAAGUCACUUGGAAAUAGUGAUUCUUUUUCUGACCAAUCAUAGCAUGCCAAUUCUUCAAACAAUGAUUAAUUUUUGAAUAUUAGUUAUGUGAUUGUUAUAGGAACAUCUUCUGAAAGCAGUUCCUAUACAAGCGGAAGUCUAUUGUCUGAAAAGGUAUGUACAUUUACCGGCCAUUAAAACCACUGAAAUACACUAAACACUCUCAUAUAAAAACAACUGCAUUUGUUCUAUAUUAGCAACUAGAAGAUUUUAACUUAAUUUCCAUUAUUCUGGAUUAAUGUCCUUACAGGAUGCUUCAUUUGAAGUGUAUAAGAAUGCUUUGCUAUGUGCCAAGUAUCCAUGUCUGAGUGAGUUUCAGCAGCUGUCUCCCAGCACGCCAUAUUCACCAGUUCUUUCACCAAUGAUGCAGCGAAGGAGAUUCUCAUUUUCAAAACCGCCUCAUUCUGCAAGGUUUGCCAGUAAACAAAUGCUUUUGCUACUGGUCAAAAUUAAAUUGAGGUUUAAAAUUUUAAAGCUACAAUCGGUGACAAAAUAACAUUUUGCCAACUUAAAAAGGGAAAAUAAAGCUUUUCCUCCCCCACCCCUCCAUGCAAUGUUGGACCACUGUUCAAGGUACUGUGCCUGUAGAAGACAGCAAACAUCCCAACUUUGAAUGGAGGGGAGGGGGAGGGGUGAGGAUUGUUUUGUUCUCCAAAGCUACCCCAUUUGAGGACAUGUCUCAACAAUCUACCGUUGUAGUUUGAAUCUCAAUUUCUUUGACCCUAGCCCUAAUAAUUCAUGAAUUUUAAGGGCUAGGAGACAGAGGAGGUUAAGAAAAUUUAACCUGAAUAUAAUUUUGACCUGUAACACUUUAUGAUGGAGGAGUGUAAGCUGGACUUUUUGUUCAGGAUUAAGUCCUAUAUGCCAAACCUUCAUAUUGAGAUAUGGAAGCAGUUCACUCUCCCAGCUUUUAGGUAGGAGAUACCAUUUCACAGCUGGUUGUUAACUAAUAUGCAACACUGUCAAAAGUGUAAAUUUGUUUGUUUUUCACAUACAUUUAUUUUUCACAGUUAUAGCCAUUAACACAUUUCAAUGAUAUUUGAAGUAGAUAUUUAGCUUCCAGGCCUCAGUUUUUUAAAGGGGGGAAAAUGCUAUUCACUGCAUUUAAUUUCUAUCCACUAGAUAAUGCUUAGCCUAUUGGUUUUGCUAAUACUGUAGUUAUCCACUGGAUAGUGAUUUAUCCAGUGAAUAGCUCUAACCAUUGUUUACAGUAAACAACUGGGGCCAAUAUUUCACACAGAGGCAAUUUUUGAAUGAUAAUAUCAAAGUAUAUAUCAAAGUUUAUAAAGUGAGGUGAAUUGUCACAAACACCCUUAGUUUGCAUUGGAAUCAGAUAUUCUACCAGUUAAUUGCACACUCUAUAAGUAUUUGCUACUUAAGAAUCCUUGUUAACAGUGGACUCUUUUGGAUGACAUUAGGGCCAUUUAUACGAAGAAAUCGUCAUAUAGAUGGCCCUAUUGUGAAGCUGCCCGUUAGUUACAUUGUAAAAGACAAUUGUAAGCAGUUGGUUUCCUUAAAAACAAUGUAAGUAAUCAUUUCUUUUAAAUUAAAAAAAUGUGCAUAUUCAAUGAUUCUAAUGUUGAAAUGAAAUUUGUUGCGAAUGACUUGUUUGUGUGCUUCUUAAUGGUUGUGUUUGAGAUUAAUAUGUGUGGUGCAUAUUGAAUUUUCAGCUCAGCUGCUACCUCUGAUGCAAAAAUCAAAGAUGUGCCAUCAUCCUCUGAUGGCCCUGUUUCUCCAGAUGUGUUUUUGCCAAACUUAUCAGACGAGCUUCAAGAGUUGGUCAGGAAUGUGUUUUCACUAAAGAAGAUAAAACAGAAGUAUUUUAGUGAAACCAUCAUACCGCGGUUUGUUCCUUUGGCAAAGGAGCCUCAAUUGGUAAAUACAGUGCAUUGAUUUGAAUUUCCAUGAUUCACCUCAGAUGAAAACUGAAGUGAAAGAUGAAAACCACAGUUAAACAUUUUAACUGGAAUAGCCAACCUCCAAGACAAGUGCCCUCGAACACCCCUUGGCUAACUAGCAAAUAACUCCCACACCUCCUUAGGGCUCGAAAAUAUUCCAUUUGGGUAAUCCUUUAAGGGUAAUUCGGGACUUACAGAUUUUCUUGCUGGGAAGUAACUUUUUAAGCUCAAUUGCCCAAUGGGCACUGAAGGGAACAGGCAAGUCACCUUACCAUUCGUCGGAACGAGCCGGCCAUUUGCAUGUAGCUUCGCAGCAGUCAUUUUUAGGGGAGCUCGUAUUUCUUCCCUCCCCACAAACGCCUGCUCAACCAAGAACAACAUUUUGCGUGCUCUACUGUGGGGGGGGGGGGGUACUUUAGGAAUGUUUGGGUGGGGAUGUGCCACUGGGACCCUGCAACCCUUAGCCUAUACCAGAGCUAGUGCAUCUGAAUUUUGCUACCCCCAAGUCCCACCCUCCCCCUAUCCUGAGGUCACUAGCAUUCCCUGCUAGCAGAGGUCUCUCACGAUGAGGCAUUUUUGCCUCGUCGUGAGAGACCUCUGCUAGCAGGGAAUCACUAGCACAGUCUAGCCAAAACAAAACCGAUUUGAUUUUUUAUAAAUUUGGGAGUGGCAGUUCCUGGUUUCCUUAGUCUAGACUAAAAUCUUCAACCAAUUGAUCAGUUUCCUGGCAAAUGAUACCCAUUCUGGACCCAAACUCUCGGAUUUAUAUACCCUUUCCCAGAGUAAACUGCUUGAAAACCAUACCCUUCAUAGCAGCACACACCUAAGUAGCCCAUAUAUGGCAAUUCCCCCCCCCCCCCCGGACCAGGGGCCGGUCUGUAUCAUUAGUAUCUGAUUGCAGAUUUGUCAAAAUGUGAAUUAUGUAACUGUUCGUUUUGAAAUCUCAUUACAAUAGCUACUGGUUAGAGAGUUGGAGAAUCAGAAGUUAGUGCUGAAGCGUAACCAUCAUCCAUAUUACAGUGUUCAGGCGUUCAUGAACAAGGAUGCAUAUGGUGAAUGGGUCAGGUUGGAGGAAGAGAAGAUCAACAGUCUGAUCAAAAGUUUCUGGCACAAUUCGUAUCCAUCUGUGACUGAACUGCCACUAAGCAGUGAGUACCAUGAGCAAUACGUCGAUUUGAUGAAGAGACUUAUUAGGUAAGGAUUGCUUUAAAGGCUUGUACUGCAAAAGAGAAAGUUGUUUCUUUUUGUUUCUUUUUAUUUAAGGCUGGUUUUCACUAGCAAAGGUUGAAGUCAGAGUUGAGUCGUAAUUGCACUGAGGAAUAUUUAGACACAUCCUGCUUUCCAUGGAAUCGUAAAUGAACUUUGUAGCGUUUUCCCUUUGAAUCCAAUCAUUCUUGAUUGAGCGUUACACUGUUUUAGGAAUAAGGCUGAUAAUUAUUAACAUUGAAAGCAAAGUAAAAGGAGUCACAUAGAGUGAAAAUCAGUUGAACUCUUUCUUAGACUUUUUUGUUUCCCCUUUAUACACUCUAACUUCCUCACAUGUUGAAUGUCACCACCAAGAUUUGCGUGCUUAGUUAGCCUAGUUACCAUAGCAUUGUGGCCGAGGAGGCGCUCCAAGAGCAAUCUUGUUUUAAGUGGUGGAAGAGUCAUAUAAUAUGUGACUUAUUUGUUUCAUGACAGGUUUGAAAGUAAACACAAGGAACCUCAUCCAGUACACGGUGGGGUAACGCCCACAGCACCUUUAUCAUCUACAGCUUGCAAACUGUUGAAAGAGUUUGAACUCAGAUAUGGAAUUGGAUUGUUGUUCUGCAAAAUUUGUUACCUUGAGUACCUAGUUAAGUAAGUAGCAAACUCGUGAUUUAAACUCAGAUCAUGUAACGCACAAUUAUAUAUUUGGCGACGCCAUCACUGGUUUUCCCGCCAAAUGACGUCUGAGAAACGAGCGCAGAUAUUCCAUACUGAUGACGCCUCAGUACCCAGAUCUGGGUAGUGAUGAGUCAUCAGUAUGAGCUCGUUUCCACCAAAACAGACUAUUUGUGGGUUCAAAGUGCAAAACUCCUAUCAAGUGAGAAUAGGUUUUUGAGAAAAUCCCGGAUAAUAACUUUCAUGUGAAUUAUUUAUUUCCCUCAUUUAAAAAAAAGAAGCUGACGGCAACUCGAAAAUGGUCUAUUUUGUCCGCGUAUAUGCGUUAUUGACCAAGGAUGAGGUCAAGAUGUCUGGAUAUGGGCCAAGUUCUUGUUGGCGUUUUUAUGGACCCAGCUUAGGUCAAUAAAAGUACAAACAAAGCCUUGUUAAUAUCCAGCCAUCUUGACCGAACAAGCCUGGUCAAUAAAGGAUUUAUUAUACGUCAAAAAGAUCAGCCCAUCUUGCCCGUUCGGAUAGCCAAUCAGAUUCACUUCUUCUAGUGCGCACGUGGUUUCAGCCAUAAACUGUACUAUAUGUUAUGGUUUAAUUUUAUCCUUGGUUUGAAUUUUAUUUUCUUUUGUUUUUGGGUAUGGUAAUUAGGGAAAAUAAAAUUUAAACCAAGGAUAAAAUUGAACCACAACAUAUAUAUAAUGGUUAAAAUUGUAAGUGAACAUAAUUGUCGCGAAUAGAUACUGCGUAGUGGUUGGUACUGUGUUUUCAUAACAUGUGAGUGUAUACAUGGCUAUGCGGUGGCGUGGCCUCGCUGCGACGUGGCUACAUGGCGACGUGGAUGCGCGGCCAUGUGGCGGCGAGGGUCCCUGGCUACGUGCCUGGGUAGUAUUAGGAAUCUUAAGCAACGGGGUGGCUACAAAAAUGUCACUUAAAACGAGAAUUCGCGCUGCUUCAAAUUUCGUUCCGUUAAUUCAAUGUUGUUCAAUUCGACAAAUAAUCGCGAAUUUUUCUAGAAUUGAAUUCUAAAGGAUUGUAUCAAAGUUCAGGAAAAGAAAAAGAAAAUUGUUGUUUUGUGUUCACGCCCACCGCAAAACGUGAAAAUAGGAAGUUUCACGUAGUAGGCUACCCUGGGUGCCAGAGGCUUUUCAUACGCGCUUUCCGGUGUCGGUCAAGUCUUAAAAAGUGACCCGUGGAAAAGCUUUAUUCUCGCCGCUUCGCCGCUCGUGUCCUCGGCCUUCGGCGGAACUCGCAUCGGCCUGCGGCCGACGAAACGAAGCUCCCCGUCGCACGCGAGAAAAAACCUCUGGUACCCAGGGUAGUAGUAGGCGUGCAACGAUGGCAAAGAAAUGUGCAAAAAUACGUGAUGCACGUGCAAAAUUGUUGUUUCGCCUAUUUAAACUUAUUGCUUUUUUGCCGUUUUCUUUUUCUUCACCGUCGUCUUUGCUUAAGCUCUCUAUUUUCAUGUGUUUACGUCCUCCAUGAAAUGUCGCUUUAAGAAACCUCACGUCCAAGUUGUGCAGUUAAACAAAGUAAUGCACUAAGAUUGUAAGUUACAAUUAUUACCCGGUGCGAGUAAUGUAAAGAGUUCCACAGGUUUCGUGAACAGGUUAUAUAUUCCAACUAUGGGCUGUUUUUUUUCCGAGUUGCCAGUAUCUUAAUUUUUCUGACUCGUUCAUUUUAAAUCCACGUCUCAUUUUAGCAUCGUAAGGCUAACCCACUUCUCUGAUUAGAUACCUGGAGAAUAAACUUUGGUAUAUCACAUACGUGACUGAUUGUGUGGAAGACGUAAUGGAUCACGUGUUUAAAUGCCCAGAAAUUUACGUUGAGAAAGAGGUAAGUUACACAAUUUAGUCAAUUAUUGAGUACCUAUCUAUAACCAACUGUAUAAUAAAUGUCUUAAUAAUAAUAAUAAAUGUCUUUAUUGCUCAUUAGAUAAAAAUACAUAUCCAGUGUUACAGAAUAAAAAGAUUAAAAGUUCAGCUAAAUUACAAUAGAAAAAAAAGAUUAAAAAAUGCGAAAAACUAGUUACACAUGUCUGACAUAAAAUAUCAUAAAAGAUUGUAUUUAAAAAUUAAUCUAUUUACAAAUGUGUUCUUAUAACGUUCGGUGUUUAUCUUGGGCCUUUGGAAGCUUUUACGUCUAAGACUGUAGGUUAGAUUGUUCUUUUCUAGCGGUAAGCACACCUUCAGAGGGGGGUUAUCAUGCUGAUUAGCUUUUUGAAAAAUCGCUUUAUCUUGUUUUUGUAGUAAUGAUCUAAUAUUUAACUGUGUAGAUAUGAAGCGUAACUUAUAGCAUCUGUCUAGAAAUUGCUGAAGGACAUUAAUAUCCGCAACGGAGGCACCAUAAACAGAUAGUCCGUAGGUUAUGUCAGGGAGAACAAUACUAUAGAAGAGAUAAUCAAUUUCUGUAUGGCUGUAGCGCUCUUUUCUACAUACUCUCAGCACGUGUAGACAUUUGUUGGCCUUGCACAGUUUAGCUUUUAUGUGUGUAUUUAUUUUUUUAAUUCGUCUUAACUUUCCUUUAUUUCAUACAACAGUUCAAAAUGCUACUGUCCAUAUUGUCAGAUUUGCUUGGAAAAACCAAAUACUCCUUAACUAGUAUAAGGAAGAUCUUCCCUGAAAACAGACCAGAGGACGGUGUGCCAAAACUUGUCGCUUUGUUUAAGUUGUCCCUGGAAUCAGCCAUACAGCUACAGUCACAAUUCCGUGAUGUAUUUUCGACAAGGCAGAUGGCUAUGGACUUUACCUCUAACUUGCCUAAAGAGCCCCUUGAAGUUCUCCUGGCGUCUUGCAUCGAGGUAACUUGCAGUUCUUAUUGCUGGCGGCUAUUGAAGGAACUGUAUCACGAAAAUUAUCAACAUUCAAACAGUGGCAACUGCCACCCCCUAAAUAAGCGAAACCUGAGGAUGAUUUAUAGCUCACAACAUUCAACAAAGGUAUAAAACACCGCAAGAACAAAGAAUGCUUGAACGGACAGACUUGACGAAGAUUAGCCUGCAUGGCACGUGUUAAAAGGGGAAGGGGAAAAUUCCCCCCUCCCCUUCCCCUUUUAACGCCUGCCACUCAGGUUAGACGAAGAUUAAAACAGAUUGCAAUUGUGGUUUUUGAAAACUUGUGGACUUAACAGUUUUUUUUAAUUCAUCCUUUUUGUGUGUAAAGUUUGAUAUAAUGCUUGGGGAGACAUAUGUGUUUGACAUGACCAGUGCUCUUAAGCCCUAAGAGUGAUCAGCAUCAAAUUUCUCCUUGUAAAAUCAAUGCUUUGUAAAACAGAGUGGUCAUGAGAAUUACGGACAUGAUCACACACGAUGAAUUUGCUUGAUAUUUUAUCAACUUCUCCGCACUACUUCUCUCGGAAAUGAAUAGGAAUAACAAAUCAGAAUUGAAAUUUUGAUCUUAGCUUUUAAAGGGUUAACGGUGAUUGGUUUUCUGUAGCGACAGAGUCAGAUUUGUUAGCGGUGUCGAAAGAGCUCUUAUGAUUUUGUGUCUCCAUAAUUUGUCCUGAUUUUCAACAUUGCAUAGGGUGAUGUGGGGGAGGAGGAACCGCAGACGACGUCGUCUGGAGGAACCGCAAAGUAUUUAGUAAAAAAAACACUGUUUAAAAGCAUCCUGAAAUUAGAGUUAUUACGAAUAUUGCAUAACUGCCCAAGGACUUUCGCCCGUCAUUGUACUUUUAAAUAAAUGAACUACUUAAACAUUUAUUUUUUAAUCACAAAGCAAAGGUUUUGUUUAACGAUGAACGAGGCGCGAAAAAUCUCUUUUCUCAUUGUUUUUGAUUCAUUAAUGCAAAAUGAAUCCAGUCUGCUAGCUUUUCAGAUUAAAUUCCGUCCUUUCAAUUCCUUCCAGACUGAGAUAGAGGGUCGUUAUGAGCGCCGUAAGGUCAUUGCCGGAGAUGAUCUAGGUAGAAACUGCUCUCCACCCCAGCUUCUGCUUAACGUUAUCAUGGAUAUUCGCCAAGAGGUCAAAGAUUAUGAAGAUUACAGAAUAGCCUUCUGCAGGUUAGUUGGGCUUUGUCGCGGUUCGCACUACUUCUGUAAUGACUACUUACUUACUCACUCACUCACUUACCUACUUACUUACGUCUGCGUGGGAGGCUACUGGAAGACCCUUGGAAUGAUACACCUGUAUCGGAUAUAGGUGGCAUAGAAUGCGGUUUUACAAGGAAUAGGGGGUUAUAUUUUUUUUACAAACUCUCGUUAGAAGCAUUUGACUAACAGUAAAUUUCUCGGUUUUAGAUCUUGGAAUUUGUCAUUUUUAACAACAGAAAAGUGCGGAAAUUUUGUUCCCUCUUAAUGGUGUGAACAAUAACUUACGUUUGAUUGACUUUGAAUUCUGAAACAAGUUGGUUAAGUAAAAACUAUCUAACUGUUCAUUAUUUUGUUUUAGCAUCUUUGAUAUCACGAAGCUUGCAGCGGUCAAGUUUUAUUCCUUGCUUAUGUCAGACAUCGUACAUCUUUGUGAAAGUCCGCGUCGAAGAUGCAGGCGUGAUCUUGUGGAUCCUAACAUGCUGUGUUUGGCAUUUCGAUUGUCUGACUUGGAUGAGAAGUGGGCAAAGUUUAUUCCGUUCAGGUACAUUGAGAAUUUUCUGGCCAGCAGAUAUCAUAAACGAUUGUGUUUCUUCAAGGGCCGGCAUUGCCAGGAGCUCCCGGUUGUUUACCACUUACAUGGGCAAACUGGUCCACGAUUCGAUUCAACGGACACAAAAUUCAGGACUGGUAAAUUUCCUGCGGAAAACGCGUUUACCAUUUGCACAAAUCAGUCAGUUCCAUUUACCGAAAAAACGGCUAGGAAAGCCUGAAACUGAUCGGUUCAAGUGGGUGUGAAAAAUGGAACACAAAUUUCCUUUCGUCCGCGUAAACAAGAUUUAACGCUUGUUUACCAUUUACAAAAAGUUUCCGGAAAAACCGGUUGGAAAGUAAAAGGUAGGCUUGUUUUUCCGGACGGAAUAUUCCAAACGAAAACUCGAAUCCCAUUUCUUCAAAGCCAUCUUUGAUGCCAGUUUCAGGCCUUCGAGGUUGUUUCCGGUAAAUGGAACUUAUUUGUACAAAUGGUUAACGCGAUUCCGGGACGAAAUUUACCAGUCCUGAAGUUUGCGUAUACCAUUUGCCUAAACCGUCGGCCGGUUUGCCCCUGUAACUGGUAAACAACCAACGCUUUCAGUCGUUCUGCCGCUCUGGAAUUUUCCAUGGGAACCACCCGAAAAGUCGUGUUUCAUUUACUUUCCUAGCAGAACUUUUUAUAAAUGGUAAACCACUUCCGUCUUCUUCUAAUAGGCCAAUUUGAGGUUGAACCAGAGACUGGCAGUGUUGUGUCGAAUUGCACUGUGGGACUCUUUGGAGACGCUGUUACUUCUUACGAAGUUGCAUAAGAUUUGGGGCCACAAUUUGUCCCCCAGAAUAGUCUAAUUGUGCUGUUCGACGCUACGCUGAUGCUGACUCAAGCACAACCUCAGAACAGCCACAACGUGUUAGACAUUCCGUCGUUUAUAGAUUUCUUUAUGUUCUUAAACAGCUGCGCGGGGUAAUACCCCUGUUUUGCGUUAAUUAUUGUUGUCCUAACCAAAAGCUACUUUUCCUCACGUUCUAUAGUCUGCGAGCACGUUCUGCAACCAGUUAAACUCAUAAAACGUGGCAGAGAUCUUUUGGCUGGAUCUAUAAAUAGACUGAAAAUUUAGACGUCUGGGACCCAAACCAGGACUCUCUGGGGUGAUGGGCUCCCAGUUUAAGUUAACUGUUCUUCUGGUAUUCCAUCACCAAGUGUUUUAUUCCUUUUCUCACGGAAUGGUCACGCAACGAAAGUAAAUUUGAGUACCGUAUUUAAUCGAUUAAACGCGGCAGCUUGAAGCACAGUUACCAAUAAACGCUGCACCCAAUCAAAAGAAUGCUUCGUUUUUAUUCAAGGAUUAUAAGAAAAAAACUUGAUGCAAAUUGGUAAUCUACACCAUCUAGACUAAUUCUGUGUUUUCACUGUGACGCCAUCAAAAAUAAAUACAGAAAGUCCAGAAUCUGGGAAAUGAAAGAAGACAAAUAUACAAAAAGCCUCGCCAACAGUCAGGUCUGUGCGAUAAUUCAUAUGCGAGAUAUUCGGAAAAACGUUUUACCGAAAUUUAUAAGGCUUUGAAUGGAGACGCCAUCUUGGUGUCCUUUUGAGGCCAGGGGCACAAAUAUGGGCGCCGGAAACCAACAGAAACAUCUGUUCUUUUAGUUUUCCUACUUAUGGGUGAAUUUAUCGCUUGAGGAACUCAUAAAGAUUAAAGUAAUAUUCAUUCUAAGACAAGGAACGUAUAGAUAGCUAAAUCUCAAAAAAUCAGUAACGUUUUUGACCCACAUAAGAGCUUUCCCGAACGCCACCUAAAGUGCGCGUCACUAAAAAGCCUGGAAAUUCAAGUGUCUUCUAUCGCAAAACGAAGAACCCUUUGGAACCGAAAAUGUGUGUAAACCAAGGUUUUUAGGUGACGCAAUGCCUCAUGAAAGAAGAAACUCAGAAGAAUCGAUAGUUUCUUAGUUUGAAUUUUGGUGACGUCAUGUGAAAACCCCUUGUACGUUUCUAUCUAAGCAAAAGGGCGAGACAUUGGCACUUUGAACAUCUUCCUGUUUUACAUAAUAUUAUCAAAUGGUUUGUCGUCGGUGAUAAAGAUGUGAGUUGUACGGUAAUCGUCUGCGAUUGGUGGAUGCUGUUCUAAGGAGAGGAGUUAUUUUGAUCGCUUGAAAAUAAAACACUUUCCCGGUUGAAGCAAUUAGGUGAUAGUUUUCUUGACAGUUAGUAGUGGCUGCCUUGUAAUUCUAGAGGUUUCUAUGUUCAUAUAGUGCUUUUAUACUGCUGACAAGGUUAUUUUCAUUGAUUGGUAGAAGUUGUGAAUGAUUGCUAAUUAUUCAGAUUGCUCUGUUUUCAAGGGAUCAAAAAUGGCGUCAGCAAUUUCAAGAUUAUGGGUUGGAGUGGUUGGAUGCCAUUGGUGGCUACUUUGAAAUCCUUGUUCAUCAGGUGAUAGGCCGUGACGUAUGGAGAGCAGUUGAUGUGAAUAUCACUAGAUCACAACUUAGGACUUUAAGAAGAAAGCGAGAAAGGCUGAUACCAAGAGGGCCUAUCGGAGGCAAGGCUGCUUCUGUCCCAUCGUUGACGCCUUCUCUUCAUUCUGCUUUCGACACUGUUGUUCCUUCCACAAGUGCCCCAUCUAAGGUCGGUUUUUUUUAUCAUUGGUAUAAAAAGUUUGAAAAAAGUUUUGAAUUUUAUAGACCUGUUUGGGGUGAGCAACGUCCAUCGUCAGUCACAGAACCCGCUAGCGGUUGUAAUAUAGAUGUAGAGUGAAAUAAACUAAAACAGUCCUAACUUUUUUCAAAAUUAUUUCUUGCCUGCUGGCAUUUCGGAAAUUUGUUAAAAACCAAUUGUAUUGUGCACUUACUUACCGCAAGUGUUAUCGAAGUCAGUAAAAACCGAUUUCAAAAUGGCAUUGCUACCAACAAACGCGUGUUGACAAUCUAACUUGCAGAUAUUUUUCUUUGCAGACCAAAGUGAGUCCUGGAAUUGCCAAAAGCAAAAAAGGCAAGGAACCUCUUCGCUCCAGAAAAUGUUUAUUGGGUUCUAGCCCUCCUCUGAAAAGCCAAGGACGCACAGGAACGUUUAACACGAGUGAAAGCAGCUCAGAUGAAGAACUCCCAAACGCCUUGCCUGCAGCGAGGCGAAAAAGUCCCCCUAAAGUAAAUUCGAUAGUAGUAACUGCCCAAGUCCACAACUCUGCUCCAAGUGCUGAUUCUACCGCCAUAUUUGGGAAUUUUCUACGACCCAGCCGUCAGGAAGAAAUCGCGACAAACAGGACGCGUGUUGCACGUGGAGAUGACCCAAGGAACAAAGAAUCUUCUGCCUUUGUGCCCUUUGAGGGCAACGGAGAAUCAAGAAACAGUAAAACAAGUUCAGACGAGAAAGACAAUAAGGAAGGUCCAUCGAAAAAUCAGUCAGUCGAUGGCGUUGUGUAUCCUGUUUCCGUAAGGCACUUGGAUCGCGAGAACAAGGAAGAAGUGAAGUCCUUGCAGACAGUCCUUUCCAAUCAUGUAGAGAAUACCGAAGAAAGGUGUGUAUUGCAACCUACUGAGGUUAAUGCUGGUACGUUUCACGUCAGUUGUGGACCUUCUCUGAAUCAGUCACAAGAUGGCACAGAAAACAAAGCAGAAAGCUCCGUAUCUAUAAAACAUUUAGAAAAAGACAUUAACGAGCUUCCUGUUAAUGAAAUUCACUCAGAGGAAGAACAAGAAGCAACACCGCAGGACGAGUAUGGUAUUGAAAACCACACGAGCUCUAAACUGGAUCAUCCAGUUGAAAGAGCAGAAAACGUUGAAGGUCAAAUUUCUGAAUCAAUUUUUUCUUCAGAUGAACCAAAACAGGUCAAUGAGGUUUUGCCUGAAGGAGACCUGGGUUAUUUGGGCCAUGACAGUGGUUCUGACACUUCAUUUGAGAACGAUUCUACAGACGAGUCCGAUGGUGACACUGUGAUAUUGAAAGAAAAUUCUAAGGAAUACGGUUAUGCUGAUGCUCCUUCCACAAAGUCAAAUUCUCCGUCGGUUGAUUAUGAGAAGGAUAUUCAAGAGGAUCCUAACGAGGGAGGUUCACGGCCAUAUCCUGGAACAGGUGAUACAUGUCAAACUUUCACAAGAAAAAGCACGUGUGGUGCAACUGAGCAAGAUAAUAGAACUGUCGCGGGAAGUCACGGGUCAGAUGAGAGUGAGAAAAGCAUAGCUUCAGCAGGCCCGAAGGGACUCCAACCCAGGCAAAGUGUUCCAGUCAGUAUACCAGUGAGUGACAGUGGAGCCCCUAGACACAAAUUGGUCGCUAGACUGCUUGAUACUCCUUGUGGCUCAGUUGGUUCUACUGUGUCCGACCACAGCAACUAUGUUACUGCUGGGUCUGUCCUUUCUGGGAAUAGUAUAGACACUUUUUGUUCUGCACGUUCGAGCCUUACCUCCAGAAUUAAAGGCAACAGUGGUGAUCACUCAGAUAAUAACCAUUGUGCAGGAGAAGAUGGAUGUGAUGGUCACUCCAGCAAAACUGAAUCAGUUAACGAAGAAUCGACUAAGGUUUUGCCAGUUUCCAGUUCAUUUGUGGAUGUCAUCUGUGCUGUGAACCGUCUGACAACGUUUGUUUGCCACCUGUGUAAGAUCCUUUGUCCGCAUGAGAAUUCUCAGAGAGACCAAGAGGAAACCACUGUGGCUGAAGAGCUAAGGAAUGAGACAUUGGAGGUCAAAAGGAGACUUUGCUCCAAGCUUAUUGAGGUACUCCGAAUUUUUUGGUGUCUUCUGGGAAUAACAAUUAUGAGUGUUUUUGUGUUCAGUUUUGUACAUCCGCUCAUCAUUUUCCUUUAGCAGUGCCGCAAACGAGAAAAGUUGAUGUGUUGGUGCAUCCUGCACUAUAUAACACUGUGCUGCUUAAGAGAAUCGAACCUCUGUACGUGCACAGAGAACAAAUCCUAUAGCAAUAAACUGAAGUGUAUCACAAGUGUUGCUUCGCAAUUUCGCUCCGGGACCAUUAUCAUUCCGCGAAUGAAGUAUCAUUUCGCUUCGUGAAAAGGCCUAUCCACCAAAUAUUAGCAUUUGGGCUAGGGUAGGGAGGGGCUCUAUCAGAAUCUGUCAUAUUUGAUAAGAUAAUAAUGAAUGAAUGAGAAUCGCUUCCUUCAGUGUUUUCUUUGACGCCAUUUUAAGGUACACGGCCAGUUCAUGUGGUACGAGGUCAGGGAUUUCCCAACUCUCGGAACCCGCUCUGCUUUAUUCUACUAUGUAAGCGAUACCCAGCUCGUUUAAACUUUUUUUCGACGUGGCUGCCUUACAAAAAACAGCGAAGUGAGUGAUAUUAAUUCAUCCAUUUUUCUCUAACCGUUAGGGAUCCCUGCGGUUUCUUACGUUACUUCACUUUAUUUUGUCUUUUACAGGUGAUACUCUCGUUCAUUACGUUGUACUCAGACAAUGUUCUAGCUAUGGAGACUUGUGGUUUGCCAGAAGAACUUCUUGCGGAGAUCUUGGAUGAACACGUUCAGAGAGAUCUAAGACUCUUACGUGAAGCUGGACGUUUGCAAGGCUGUCGCUACAAUCCUCUGGAAAGACGUUGUUGCAAUAGAAGGGAUUCUAGAGGUACAUAAUUAUUGCUUUGUAUAUCCGUAAAAUUUAAGGUUUUAUAUAAGGACACGAGCGUUCACUGCGAGUGAAACGUUUAAGUGUCCAUUACCAGUUGAAUCGUUACAGUUUGUGAAGAGAAUUCAAUGGAACUGUUGUUUUGGUAACGCCAGUAAAACCAACGGUGCCUUAAACUGAAGAGAAAAAGACUGUUUUUCUAAGGACGUGGGAUAAGUAGUAGCUCGCUGUUCUGAGUAAUCGUUUGUUGAAUGUGGAAAGGAAUUUCGCGAUUACUUAUUAUUUUACUUCUUCGCUUUACUAUAUAAACUAAUUAAUACUCGCGUAGCAGAAGCGAGAACAAACAACGAAUGCUUGCCACUCAAAACUAGAGUGCAUUGGUGGGUUCCUUAGAAUCAUCAACUUUUUGUUGUAUAGGGAGGCUAAUACCACCUUGUGAGGGAAUGUCACUUGCAGAAGGUAACGCUGGCCAAUUUGAACCUCUUACCCAACAGGUUAGUAAUUACUGAGAAGCUUUUCAUAGGUUUCGCUUAUCGUUUGUCUCACUAUAGACACUUGGUUGUUGAUCGCAACGUUUCAAACGCUUACAGCUGGUCUUCAUCAGAUGAGGGUGUGGAUGUGCCAUGCGGGACUAUUAGCAGUACCUCGGUUGCUAGUGAUUUGUGCAUUUCGAACCUCACUCGUGGUUUGGCAGUGGAUGUCGAUCUUUAGUAUUCUAUGUGUUGGAGACUGUCCACUUAGCGGGUCGCUUUGGUACUGAUCGACGGCUGCGUUGUCUAAUCGUUAGCACACACACCUCUAGAUUCUCAGUCCUACUGUUUCUUUUUUUUUCGUACUGUUUGCUUGAAGUCUUAUGAAUAGGCUCUUUUACUCUAAAAAGAGGCUUCCUAACUUUCUUAUAGCAUCUCGGCCCUGGUGUAUCACCUAUGGACCUUAUAGAAUCUCAUAGUUGUUAACCAUUUAUCAAUUUGACUUUUUUAAAGAUGGGUGUCCGGAUAAGCAGCGUGGUGAUAUUAAGAAGGGUUCUAUCGUGGUUGUCAGAAUAUGUAUCUACAUGUGUUAGCAACCCUGAUUCCUUGUUGUCUACUCACCAUCUUUAUGCAAGCAGUGCCGAAGGCGAACUUUCAAAUUCACUUUCGUACUGUGAACACGGCCCAAGCCUGGAUGGAGUUCCCCAUGGCAGUGAAGGUAUGCGACAAUUAAAGUAUCACUAAAUGUACAGAUGAUCGUGGCAAAAAUUAUUCCACUUUAUGCCUGGCCUCGUCUAAAACAACGAGGCUCUUCAGUGUCGUUUGCUUUAAGUUAUGAUUACAAACACACACGCAAAAGGAAAAGUUACGACAGUUUUAAAUUGAGACAUGUUUCGGAUGAACAACAAACAUCGUCAGUACAUGCACAACCCGUUAGCGGGUGUGAUAUAAAUGUUUUUCUAAAUGAAAACCUUUUCUAAGAAUUAUUUCUUACCCGCUGGAAGCGCAAAGAUGGCCCAGAUGUGAUUGCAUUUUCAUUGUUGUAUUCAUUCUGUAACCUUUUAAUGUUGUUGAUGUACAGGUGAAACAGGUAGAUGGGGUAGUUCUCCUCUCAGAGCAUGCGCGCCAGAUGAUCCAUCCCUUCAUAAUGGCGUUGAACACCUCUGUGGACUGGAAACAGCUCAAGUUAGGCUUGCCACUUACAGGGUAAAAUUGCUACGCGUGCUUCCUCUUAGCCUAAGAGAACAGCCGACAUUUGGCGACGCUACCCACUGGUUUCCUCGCCAAAUGACGUCUGAGAAACGAGCGCAGAAAUUCCUUACUGAUGACUCGUCACUACCCAGAUCUGGGUAGUGACGCGUCAUCAGUAUGGAAUUUGUGCGCUCUUUUCUCAGACGUCAUGUGGAGGGGAAACCAGUGGUAGCGUCGCCAAAUGUCGGCUGUUUUUUCAGGCUAGCUUCCUCUGACCUUUGUUUUCUUUUUAUAGGAAUUAGUUGGUUAAAUAUACAUUUAGGUGGUAUCCAGGAAUAACACGUCACACCUUCAUACAAAAUAGGACAAACUCGAAACGCUCUAGCAUGGAAAAGAGCCGUCUCUCUUCGCUUCUCACCGCUAGAACGUUUCGCAGGAGAGACGUUUACGCUUCAUCGACGCAAAAUUCCAUACUGAUGACGUAAAUCAUUGUUUACAUAACUGCCAACGAGCAGCGUAUUAGAGCCGUGCGCGAUUGUUCCAGGGGCAGAAAAAAAUCUCGACUCGAUGUAACAUAUUGUAAUGUAAGGCAACAUUUAUGUUGUAAUGCAUAACAAAGAAUGCAUUUUUUUUGAGCGAUUACGUGAUACAGAUCAGAGCAUCCACGAGUCUUCUGCGUGUUUGUGAAUCCCAUGCUCAUCCCGUCUUCAUCUUCAUCUUCAUCUAUUUUUCAUAAAUUACUGUAAUUCAUGGCAUUUCUAAACAAAUUGAACAGCGCGCGCGUAUAGGUAAAAUCUUUGGUCGUUGGCACUUAGCGAUAGCGAUAGCUAUAUGGUAGUCAUGGGGUUCGAAAUGCAAAUUUGUUUGAGUUCCUUUUUUUCUGGUCUAUUAUAGUAAAGCUUUUAGUUCUCUUCGAACAAGCUGCAGCAAAAUUAAAAUGUUUCUUCUAAAGAAAAAUAUAUUUUACGAAAAAUGAAUCGUAUUAGUUCCUCUACAGUUUGAGACCGUUUUUCGUGUGUCGAUAAAUUUUAUAAUCGUUUGGUAAGCGCUAAAAUUGCUUAAAUAGUGUGAGCAAGGACGUUUAACAAAUAACAAAAAUAUGAAAAGAAAAAGAGGGGCCACAGUUAUGAUAAAUCAUAUUGAAAUAUCAAAAAACCACCUCUGGCUAAAAUUCAAGAAUACACGAGCUUUCGAGUGCCUGGUCCGCAGUUUACAUUUCGCCUGUUGAAGAAUGCAGAUAAGGCGGUUGAAAGCUCGUGUUUUAAACUUUUUUAGCCAGAUGUGAUAUUUUAAGACACAAAUUUACACUGAACAGGGUCUUACAAAUGUUUCACAUGUUUCCUAGCUGUUUGUUUUCUUGUUGUUGUUGUUUAUUGCAAGAUUCCCUACGUCAUAAAGAUGCAUGCUAAAAUUUUAAACGCCUGUUUGUUUCAGAUAAACAAGUUCUUCAAACAGAUUUUGCGACAGUUGCUUGAUCUCAAUCUCCCAAGAUACACCAUCAAGAAACGUCUGAGGCCGGCCAUGGACUUCCUAUCGCAUGAACUACGUAGAUUUCAUGGUGUCUUAUAUUCGGACUGUUUCAACAAACUUCUAGCUGAUUUAUGGUCGGAAGUAGUCAAGGUAAGUACACUAAGUAGUGUCAAUUUCCGCCUUUUUGACUCGAGUCUCUCCGAGUCUUCGGUCGUCCCAAGGGUUCGUUGCUCCAAAAGUACAGGGAGGCUGGAAAUAAGCUGUUGGCACCUUCUUUUUGGUGGACAAGCUUUAGUUGGGAGUGGUUGAUGGUAUCCAAAGGCAACCAUUUGCCAAUCAUUGCUUGCAUUGUCAACCCAAUGGAUCCCAGAAACCUUAGCACCGAAAGCCAUUCCCCUUGCAGUUUAAUUUGCGAUGAAUUACCGCGUUAACAAGUCCUUAAUCGUCAUAUUUUCACUGUUUUUAAUAGAACUUUAGUGAUGAAGCCCAUCGGUUAGUGAGAAAGAGGUCUUCAGCAUCAGAACAAAGCAAACUCCUUCAACAAGCUGUGGCAGUAAGCUAUAUCUUUUUUUUUUGUUUUUUAUUUGUUUUCGCUUACUCUCGUGUUUCAUCUUAAUCGCAGAGAUAUACACAUCAAAUUAAAUGUACUGAUUUUGUUACUGUCUUCUUUUAUUCCCAGUAUAUGAUAGAGUUUUUUCACGCUAAAGGGGCUGGAUUAUCAUGUGAUACACUGGCUGCGCCCAUAGUAAGUUGAAUACAGCAUUGUCACUUGUGUGACGGCUUCCUUUCUAUAGCAGUGUACUUACGCAACAGGACGGCAGAAAGGCGAAGACGGCAAAACGCUUGUGCGUGACAAACGUGACAGGGCUAGUACUUGUGUGUUUUGUCGUGAUCUUUACUUCCAUCAAUGUUUUCUGGUCUUUCGCAAAAAGAUCUGUUUAAAGGAGGGUGAAGUUUGGCUAAGAGCUUUUUUAAACAAAAUUAUUGUCACGCUUGUCACAUAGUGUUUGCUUUUCUUUCUUCUCCCGUUCUUUCGCGUAAGCUCACUAAUAAUGAAUAGUGAACUUACAAACCAGGACGGGAGAUGAAAGAAGAUGACAAACCUUGUGUGGCAAACGUGACAAUAAAAAUAAUUCAGCAACCUUGAUCAGCGACCUGGUCUAUAUAUAUAUACUUUAGCCCUUUGAAACGAGGUUGUAAGUUCCUGCGACAGUGCUCAUCUCUAAGGGAUAGUGAGGGACGAUCUGAGAUUUUAUCCCUGGAUUUUAGAAGAAAAAGUAGAACGUAGGCAUGGGGUACUUCAUUUACACUGGAAAACCGGAAAUUCCGGUUAGUUCGCGCCAUCCCGUUUGCGAUUUCAUUUUUGCACUCUUUUUGGUUUGUUCAACUGAUUUGUAUAUACUUUGUAGCGGGUCGUUCUCCCACCACGUCAAAUUUUAAAGUUUUAUCUUUAUGCAAGAGAUUACCACCCGAGUGGUGUGCGCAAAUGGUAAGCAUCGCUGGUGUUCGCGCAUGACUGUUUUAAUUUGUCUCUUUUUAAGGACGCUGUCGUGAAACACAUUCAGUUGUAUACCCACCCAACAAAUGAUCUUAUCUCGAUGUACCAGUCCCUUUACAAGCAGGUGAGUAACUACUGCCACAUACUUACAUAUCCUUGACUGCUACUGGUGAGGAAGUGAUCAAGGAAAAAUAAAAUUGAAAUGAAUUCAUUAAUACUUCAUGUCCUGUAAAAAAAGGAUAUGCUGAAAAGGGAGAAAAGAAUAUACAUGGCCUGCAAAGGAAGAUGAAAAAAAUUGCAAGUUCAUGAAAGUCAAGAAAUUUGUUUUAUCUCAGUAAAUAAGUAACCUAUUUUCCAUAGCCUUUUUUUCUCGCCUCUUCUGGAGCGGGAGAUAGGGACGCUGCAGGGGACUGAAAAAAAAAGAGACUCUAGGGUAGAAGAGGGCAAUCCGGUUAAAAGAAAGAUGCAACAAAGGUCUUGAAUCUUGACUGUUGAAAGACAGUUGUUCUUUAUGCGUUUUUUCAGGUGCGAAAUUUGCAGCGACAGUUCAGGUUAGACGAACGGACGUCGUCUGUCAGCGUCAGUUCGCAUCAGGCUAGUGCCAAUGCCCCCGCAGACUUUGUCAUUCAGGCGUUGCGAAGUGAAUUGCACACAAUUCGAAAGUGCUUCUCUGGAACUCAACUUGUGGACUGGGUGAAAAUCUAUGUUCGCGACAAUGGUCUUGAUAGUCUGGGUGUGUGUAUUGGAGACACAGAGACUGAAACUGGACUGGAGCUAGGUGAGAUACAUGUGUCAAGAAGGAAAUUUUUAAUUUAAAGGGGCCAUGUCACGAAAAUAUUUCUGUUUUUGGUCAUUACUGUGCUGAGGUCGUCACUUAGUUCCUUUACACAUACACAAAAUUCGCCACUUUGAGGUUGCGCGGAAGACCGAUAUGGUUGUCAAAGUGCAUUGUGAGACUGUUCUUGGGGACGAAUUUGCCGCCAUGUUGAAAAUGCGUUUUGAAAAUUUAUUUCGGUGAGUUUUGCAGUCAUAAUAUUAAAACUUAAAAAAAGUUUGCCCAACUUUUUCAAGUUUCAAUCUAUGUUCAUCCGUUGCAACAGACGACAGGAAAUAGUUUCAAAGCUUAAUUAUUGUCUUAAUAAGCAAAACUGGACUAUUGUUUUACCUUUUCAGAGAGAUAGCAAAAAGUGUCCGAGGCCUUUUAAGGCGAACAGAUUUUAGGGUAAUAUUUCGGACAACUGUGCUUGAGGAUAGUGCUUUUUAGGAAUAGAAAGUGAGUUGGUAGAGAGUACUGGAACCUUAGCGAUAGCUGGAUGUUUGAAAGUGUAAAUAUUGUGCCACAUAGAAGACGUAGAACAUUUGUUUUUAUGUCACAUUUUGUGUCAUAUGUAUUGUAGCCUUCCACGCCGACUUUCUUACACCUUAGUCUUGCGUACGAAAGAAGAGUAGUACUCCCCUCUCUCCUCAGUAAUUAAAUAAGCGUCCGGGCGCUAAUUCGAAGGGGAUCUUUAUUUUUGUUGAGGGGGCAAAGGGCAAAGUGCUGAGCAUUUGAUUUAUAAGCGAAGCGUCUUACGUAGACUUCCAUUUGGCCAGUCACGCAACAUUUUUUUGCGUGAUAAGUCAAAGUUAUUGGUCAGUCGGUAGUAACCUUUUUCUUGAAAAUCCACGUCAGUGUGGGAUUCUGGGAAUUGCCUUCCCACUAGCCCCUCCGUUAACCCAUCAUUGUGCCCAAAGUGAGAAGCUUAUAAUGAUCCGAAAUUUCUUCUUUCUUCUUUUCUUUCUAUAAACCAAACAGUUACUGGAAUAUUAGCCUGUGUACAGACCACCCUCCCCUCAGGAAAAAUCGGGUUUUUUCUGAAGGGAGGGGGGAUCUGUACACAGGCUACUGGAAUAUGAGGCUUUAAAGGUAAAUGAGCAGACAUACUGAAUGCACAGGAUUUUUUUGAUAUAAGAGAGUUGACUGACUGGAAGAGCUCUGAACGUCCAUAUUAUUAUAAGCACUUGUAUUCUUUUCCCUUUUUUAAAAUGUCGUAAAUAUCAAAAUUUGCCAUACUUUUCUAGGUCAGUACCUCCUGGAGCAUGGAAUAAUUAUCUGUGUUUCUCCUCCGCCACGUUUCAACAAAGAGACACCAGGCGAAAGAAAAAGACGACCAGAUGGCGCGGUGCCCAACAUUCCCCCAGCCGAGAGGGGUCAGGUCUUUAUCGACGAUGAAGGAACGGUCCCAGACAUAAGGAUCAAUAACAUUGCAGUUCAAACCAUGAGCAGCAGAUGUAAGUUGAAGAUAGUCUGUUCACUUCUUUUAACAUGGGUGUUGGUUACUCUACGUUUAUGUCUUGGUUUCGUUUCUUCUAUACAUUUUUAAGGCCUAGGAUUAUAUGAGAUUGGGCUUACGGAUGCAUUUCCUUUUUCGGCAAUCUAAAAUUCGUCUUUGACUAAGUUAAAAUCCUGUCUUGUACAAUGAAAAUACCUGAUGAUAACCUAGUCAAGGACACACGUCAGUUAUGUUCAAAACGAAAAUGCAUCCGUAAGCCCAAUAUCAUAAAAUCAUCGACCUUAGAAAUGUAUUGAGAGAAUGAAAUCAAGUUAGCAACUUAGAGUAUCCCACAUCGGCCAUGUAGAGAUCAUUGUCUUUCCGGGAAUGUCCUUGAAUAUAUUACAUAUUUAUAACUUUAAGAUUUUUUCUUUUCUCUAUACUCGCUUCUUUUUUAUGUUUAUUACUUUAAACUGAUUGUGAGUAUUUGCGACUGCUUGGGAUAAUAUUUUGUUGGUAUAGAGUUUGGCGGCUAAACCUGAAGGACCUUGGGGGCCCAUUUCCCGAAAGACCCAGUGACGUUUCGGCCCGAGGGCAAAUUUAAAAAUCAAAACUUGUUGAAUAAUAGCACAGUUCCUAGCUCACAAAUCAUUCAAUUUUGCUCCGUUAUCUGAUAGCUUCAUUGUAUCAUUUUCAAAGUUAUUGAAACUUUGAUCCUGAAUGCAAACACGCCAAACAAAAAAAAAAAACAGCUUUCCGCGCCCGAAAAGUUACCGGGACGUUCAAUAAACGGGCCCCCUGAUCCCAUUGUUACAGCGCGUUGUUUAAGACAGUAAAUCUCUGACUGUCUAUAGCUUUUUCUGGUUUGACCAUUUUAGCCUCCCCUGCGUCUUCUUCCCGCUCAGCGUCGCGAUCUUCAACAGUAAAUGACUCUGACAGUCAAGGUGAAGCUGAUGAUGAAGGUGAAGAUGACGAUGGAGAUUUCUUGGGCAGUGCCAGUGAUAUAUUGAAUAGCAUGAAUAAUGCUCCCUCGGAACGUGAGGUUAUCUUUUACAACCACCCUCAGGCAUUAUACAAGUUUAUAAGCGAGGAAGACACGUCAAGAACUGAGAUAAAACUUACUUUAGGUAUUAAUGAUCGGUUCCGUUUACCAGCUAAGCUAAAGCAGAUUUUGUGUGUGCUGAUCACAAGGAAAGAUUCGGAUAGAACCGCGCGGAAUUUCCUAAGGGGUCUGCCCAUGGAACUUUUGCGGGAAGCGCUUGACGGAGAAGAGGUUGGGUGUUAUGAUUGGGUGUGCCAAGCUUUUUAGACGCAUAAAGUUUGCGAGGGGUAGUCUCACCGUGAUUUACUACAAAUUUAACGGUCUUGUUUGUAUCGAUAAAAACAAAAUCUUAAAGUGGCCUGGUUUUGUUAGAAACCCGCAAUAUUCAAUUAUACAUGAACAAUUCGGCCAGUGCGAUUAGGAAACAGGAGGCGUGGUUUUGCUAAACCCUUUUUUAGGUGUGUUUUAUUGAUUAAAAAUAUAUCUAUUAUGAAAAAUCUGAGCAAUUUCCGUAAAACGGUAGAAACCGGUGAGGAAAUAGGUCAUUUCCGAGUUCCCCCGGGCCUCUGUAUCAAAACGAGGUUAAGUGCUCAGCCUUUGAUAUGGAAAUGUUGUUCAUUCUCAUGCAAGUAAAACUCAUUUUUACAAGAAAGGUGGUGCACUUGGCCUCAUUUUGAAAGUGAGGGUUUUUGGAACUCGGAAGUGGCCUAUUUACGAGUACGGUAUGUCCUCUCCAGACCACUUCUUCGAUAGGUAUUUUUCGACCAUAAAAAGAGUCGGAACAAGUUUCGAGGUAACUACGUGUGUGGAAGAGCAAGAUAUAGAUUUUAUUUUUUAAGAAAUAAAACUUUUUUAACGAUAAUAUUAGAAAAAGAUGACGAAGCCAGAAGAUUUAAGAUAUUAAGAUUAGUGUGAUAUGAUUCAAUUAUUUUGUGGUUAGUCUAGCCUACGUUUUAACACCGUGUACAAAAUUUCAAAUCACAUCUUUCCUCCACUAGAAGUAACGAAACACAGUAGAAUACCGAUUUCUCGAACCCUCAGUUUUUCGAAAUUCCCUGUAACUCGAACUAAACUUAACUUCCCUUCACCAGUCAAACACUGUAAUUGUAUCCCCGACUUUUCAAACUUCCCGUUAAUUCACACCAAUUUGCUUUUCUCGAGGUGGUUCGAAAAGUAGGGAUUCCACUGUAGUGACACACUUAAGGCGAAAACAUUAACAGACGUCAAACGUAAAGCAAGUUACGAAAUUCAGCAGGUUUUUGUAAUUACAUUGUGAGGUGAUUGCAUGAUACCGGUACUCUUUUUCCCCUCUAGAAAAUGGAGCUUGCUUGCGUAAAUAUUUUAGUCUAUCUUGUUUUCAUUUCUUCGUUGUCGCUGAUGGUUGUUUGCCGUCAGCAACUUUCUUAAAUCGUGAUUUCAUAGCGUUAUCUGAUUUCAAUACUUUGUACAAUAUUCACUUCUUUAAAGAAACAUAUAUGGUCUGAGGUUAGUCGAAUGCAAAUUGUAUAUACUUUAAAACUGAAAAUUAUUUCAACUCAUAAUUUCGCAGAAAAAAUUAAAAGUUUGAUAUAAUAAUAGUUAACUAUGACUCAUAGAAAAGGACUUCAUGAAUAAGGACAUUGGAUUUAUUAGUAAUAGGUUGCAUUGUAACGAGAUAUAAACGGGUUAAAUUAUUGGGUUAUUAAAUUUCAGGAACUUUCUUCGAGUAUCAAAUCCGUUUGAACCAAGGAGAACCGUCUGUUAUAAUCGCUGAAAGCCAAUGUCCAUGAAGUGAAGUUCAACCAGUCAUUUUAUGGCGGGAAAAACUGUAGUGUUUUUGGAUCAGGGUCUGGAGGGGUAUUUCCCGUAUCCGUGCGGGAUGCGGAAAACUCUAACGGGAUGCGGGACUUGACUGCUCCCGGGGAAGCGGGAUUCGCCAAAAUUCGGGCAGGAAUGCGAUAUUCGGCAUAGCGAUGACAGAA